AUGAGCAGCUAUUUGCCAUGGUGCUUCCGAGCUUGUCUCGAUUGUGUGCAAGGACCGAGUUUCGCUGAAGCUACGUAUUAUAAAAGAAUGAAAAAUGAACCAGCUGUGAAGUUGGAUGUCAAUAAGACAGGGAGCGACGUAAUCAUAUUGAAAGAAGGUGAAAGAAUUUGUGGAACUGGAUCGGCUCUUUGUACAGCGCCAUUAGUACAAAAUAAGAGCUAUUGGCAAGUGGAUAUUCAGCAAACAGGUUCUUGGUGCGUUGGUUUGGCAACAACGGAGUGUGGUUUAAGCGAGGCUCCGCCACGAAAAGGAUUCUGGGGAAUGAACGAGAAAGGAGAGCUCAUAUCGAACGGAGAAGUUGUGGGAAAAACUGAGAAAAUCGUUGAAGAAGGGGAUUCAAUUGGAUUAACAUACGAUCAUUUGGAGUUGAAGUUCUACGUGAAUGGAGACCCGUUGACGGAUGUGGUGACAAAUGUUAGAGGAAAGGUUUUCCCAGCCGUUUUCGUCGACGAAUCAGCCAUUCUCGAUGCUCGUUUCUCCGAUUUCUCUAAACCACCACCAAAAGAUUUUAGUGAAAUUUUAUUAGAGCAAACGAUUCUU